GUGACCGUGAUGCGCUGACAGCUCGUGACCUCCUAUCCUAUUUUAAAAGUGGCAACAAGGACGAUUCGUGAUCCACGCACGCGAUACCCUUUUAUAUAUGGGGAAGGCCUCCCCCUGUCGCCCCUCUUCUUCUUCCCAAAGACUCCACCUUUCUUCUCCCCACACGAACCAAACUCCGGCCAUGGUGCUUCCAGCUGAUGGCUGUAGAGAUUCAGCGAGAAGAUUUCUGCAGAAAUCCCUCGAUGCAGGCGAGAAACUCACCCCAAGCCAUGGGGACGACGACGCUACGGGAUCUCGAUCUCCGGAGAUCCGAGCCAUGCUGGCGGCGAUCCAGGCUCGAGCCGGAAGUAUGAACAACGACUCCCCACGGAGACGCCGGUACGGUCCCGCGCCGCAACGCAUCAGGGAGACGCUGGUCCGGGCCCGAGCCGCACAUCUCCAUGAGAGACGACGGCAGCCGGGCCUCGCCUCUCCGGCCCAGCUCGGCGCCUAUAAAAGGGGCAGGGCACCUGCCCAUCCGCCGCAGAAGACCGAGGCGCCUGCUUCGCAUCUACAAGGAGCAAUCACAUCGCCGAGGCGUUAGGUCUUCUCCCACGCAAGCCAAGGAGCGAGGAGGAGGCCGGAUCCUCUCCAUGGAGCCGAGCGGAGACGUCAGCCCGCCCAAGCCGCGCCGGAAGGUCCGUCGAUCUGCUCUCAAGGACCGCGAGAGGGGCAUGGAAGUGAUUGCCAGGGGUCGCCGGUUUGUCCUUCCAAGUGACGCCAAGCUGGCAGGACCAGUCGUGUACUGGCUCAACAGGAUGUCCGUGGAUGUCUACAAUUGCUCCGCGGACCUCAUGGAGACCAAGAACAAUCUGAAGGCUGCAAUGGCUGGGGCUGAGGAGACCGACAAAGCUGUCCUGAAGUUGGUGAUUACGUUUAUCAACAAGCAGAUUCGUGAGCUCCGCAAGCAGGGUUUCAGACUUCGAAGGUACGUCCUGGAUGUUGAGCAAGGCGUGUGCGUCAAUGAGCCGCUUGAUUGGGUCAGGCCUUGAAGGCUGAGCAAGUGGUAGAGUGCCGUAAGAACUUUGCCUGGAAGGUUAAACAAUAUGAAUGCCCUGUUGUGAGAUUUGGUUCUCUUUACUUGAACAGUACUAUUGCUCUGGCGUGUAUGUAGCUGCGUCUGUGGAACCUAAUGUUUCGAACAAGUUGCUCUUGUGUGUACUUAUGUUGCUGUUGAUACUACUAUCUGUCUACGUUAUAGUAUAUAUUUUUCAGCUUGUGUGUAUGUAUGUUG